CUUCAGUCACUGAUCGUGCUUAUUUAGACGAACACAUGAAAUCGUUGACACUCUUGACAUUCGUUUAAAUGUGAACAAAAUAAAAAAAACGCGAAUGCAAAAAUCGAAACGAAAACAGAAACAAAUAAAAAUAAAAAAAAUCUCAAAAAGAUUUAAUGAGAGUGCGAAAAAAAAGUAGUAAAGAAAUAUUUGUAAAGAUAUUAAAAAUUAUCCACCUGGGAGAUAAAACAACAAUUAAGUGAUUAUAAAUAAAGAAAUGUCGACAAUGGAAUGAAAUCAUUGAAAUAAUUUCAAAAAACUACACAAGAAAAAAUCUCAUUCGAUUUGUCGUAAGAUUAAUGGAAGUAAAGAAGAAAUCAAACAACAAAAAAAUAAUAUUUGGGGACCCGGAUCAGUGGAAAUGUUAACAACAAUUAUGAUGAUCAACGAAUAGCCGAAAAAUGUCUCAUUCAAUACCAUGUCACUCAAGUGAAUUAAGUCUAUAGAAAUGUAAAUAGAAGCGACUCAUGUUGUUAUCACUGAUAUUAUCAUCAAUUGAAAAAUAUUAAACAAAAAACGACAAAAAAACUUCAAAUCAAAUUGGAACUUUAAUUAAACGUUUAAUUAUCUUUUUUCGUGUUGGGUCUGCGAUAAAAGAAAAUCCUUCAAAAUUGAGUGCUUAAAAGGAGUUAUGAAUCCUAAUGGGAAGCCACCGCGGUUCCAAUUAACACGCGCGUUGUCGGCAACUGUUGACUUGUUUAUUCUUCUUUUUGCUGCUGCUGCUCUCAUUUUCAUCGAGUUUUUUGUGGACAAUGUCAAACGAGGGUUCUUUUGUGGUGACAAGUCGAUUUCCUUCAAACGACAAACUGAUACAAUUUCGAUAAAGAUCGUCAUUCUUUAUGGCCUCAUACCGAUUCUCGUGUUAUGGAUCGUAGAAUUCAUUUUUAUUGGAGAACUUGACGAGUCACAAAGAAGCCUCAAACACAAAUUAAAGUUGAGUUGGCGGAAGGCUGUGCAUUGGUUUAAAGAUUAUGGAAUAAAUUUAGUUUUAAAGUUGCUUGUGCUGGACGCUUCAAAAGUUCUUGUCGGUGGACAUCGACCACAUUUUAUUGACACAUGUCGACCGGAUACUGCAAUAAAUUGUACAAUUGGUGAAUUUGUAGCUGAUUUUAAAUGCACAAAUGAAGAAGUUAGUUUGUAUUCACUUCGCGAUAGUUCGCGCAGCUUUCCAAGCGGUCACGCUUCAAUUUCAGUGUACACGUCACUGUUUCUAAUUUGGUAUCUUCAAUGUCGAAUACCAAAGCUACAAUCAAUUUUCCUUCUUCCUUUCAUACAAUGUCUUCUCAUGGUGUGGACAUGUCUUUGUAGCAUAAGUCGCAUCACAGACAAUCGACAUCACUGGUAUGAUGUACUAUGCGGUGGGUUGUUGGGCGUGAUUUUCGCUUUCUACACGUGUCAUAUUUUAUCAAACAAUUUUUGCAAAGACAAACAUCGUAUGACAAUGUCUGGUGUUAAUGGAUCAUCAUCAUCAUCGUCGAAUAACAACAGAAGAAGUGUUCGACGAUUAUUAUCAACAAUUAGUGCAAAAGAAGAAUUUACGUUGAAUAAUUUAGAAUAGAAUUAAUAUAAUUAAGUUAAGAAGACUUCUUUUCUUUCUAUAAAUAUUUGCUACGUAAAUAAUCUUCCGAUGAUUAUUUUAAUGCUGUUGCAUAACAAUUAUUACCUUCCACAACAGUUUAUAAGUAUUAAUUAAUUAUUAAGUUGAUAACGAAACAAACCAACAAAAAAUACUCUGAAGUCUAAAAAAAUUAACUUUAAGCUGAUUAAUUAUUGAUCAUCAUUCAAUGUACGAUAAGAUAUCUAAAAUAUGAAAAGAAAUAAACAAAAAUUGAUCAAAUGGUUGUAUCAAGAACAUAAAAGCU